GUUAAAAAAAAAACUUACAUAUUGUUGCUAAAACCCACUCAUGGCCUUAGAGGAUCGUUGUAGCCCCCAAACAGCUCCAUCACCACCAGCAGCAGCAGUAGCAGGCAUACCUCAAACUCCCUUACAACAAACACAUUUUCUUAAUUCCUCAGCUGCGGCGGCUCUUUUGGAUAUGAGUUUAAGUCAAACGGAAUCAGCAGUUACUGCCGCUCCCAAUAUGUUGCCCCAUACAGUGGCCUCUCUGUAUCAGCAACAGCAAUUGCAACACUUACAGCAAUUGCAUCAUUUACAACAGUUACAUCAACAGCAAUUGGCUGCCGGUGUUUUCCAACAUCCCGGCUAUGAUUUAUCAUCACAGGCACGUUUAAGUGUUUCACCCGGAGCCCAUUCUACCUCCUCUACACCAGCCUCUACCAUGACCAUUAAGGAAGAAGAAAGUGAUUCGAUUAUGGGUGAUAGUUUUAAUGGGGAUCAUGAUCAUUCCGGUUUACAUGGCAGUAAUGUUACCGAAGAUGAGGAUGAGGAAGAGGCUGAUAUUGAUGUUGAUGUAGAUGAGGAUGAUAAUGAUGAGUUACAUCGUACACCGCCGCCGGCUCAUCAGCAAUCGAGUAAACCCACCUUGGCCUUUAGCAUUUCGAAUAUCUUAAGUGAUCGCAUAGGCCAACAGCAGCAACAGCAACAACAACAACAACAGCUACAAACUAAAGAAGAAGAAUUGAGUGGUAAACAUAGUGCUUAUAGCCAGCAUAAUUCUAGCAUAUUUCGUCCUUUCCAUGAAAGUAGAGCCGCCACUGCCACUCCCUCCGCCUUUACCCGUGUUGAUUUAUUAGAAUUGAGUAGACAACAACAGGCGGCAGCGGCUGCUGCUACCGCCGCCAUGAUGUUAGAAAGAGCCAAUAUAUUAAACUGUUUCAAUCCGGCGGCUUAUCCUCGUAUACAUGAGGAAAUCUUACAAAGUCGUAUGCGUAGAACUGGUAUUUUAGCGGCUCCCAAUAUGCCAACACCAGCUCAAACGCCUGUGCAUUUGCAGCACACUAAAACCAUGGAACCUCUACUUACCUCCCCUGCACUGUCCUCAUCCUCCGCCUCUUCACAGUCAGCCUUGGGCUCUUUGUGCAAAACCGUCUCCCAAAUAGGACAAACUACACCACCAGCGGCUAGUACACCCUCCUGUUCCUCCUCAGUUGCCAGUUUAUCUUCGCCACCACCCUCUUUAAGCAACAAUAACAACAACAAUACCUCCGUUUCAUCAGCUUCCUCCUCAAACUCUUCGUCCUGUGGUGCUUCUUCCUCGAGUUCAUCCUUGAAUUCCUCACCCACCAGCCGUAAAAAUAACAGCCCUCAACCCAUACCACCACCGUCGGCUAUUAGCCGUGACUCGGGCAUGGAAAGUUCUGAUGAUACAAAAUCGGAAACUGGUUCCACCACCAAUUCGGAAACGGGCAAAAAUGAAAUGUGGCCCGCUUGGGUGUUCUGCACGCGUUACAGUGAUCGUCCCAGUUCGGGACCUCGUUAUAGACGUCCCAAAUUGCCUAAAGAUAAAACUACCGAUGAAAAAAGACCACGUACAGCAUUUUCCAGUGAACAAUUGGUUAGACUAAAACGUGAGUUUAAUGAAAAUCGUUAUUUAACCGAAAGAAGACGCCAACAAUUGAGUUCAGAAUUGGGUUUAAAUGAGGCUCAAAUCAAAAUUUGGUUUCAAAAUAAACGCGCCAAAAUUAAGAAAUCUUCUGGUUCGAAAAAUCCUUUGGCUUUGCAAUUAAUGGCCCAGGGUUUGUAUAAUCAUACCACGGUACCUCUAACCAAAGAGGAAGAAGAAUUGGAAAUGCGCAUGAAUGGUCAAAUACCUUAAAUAGCCAAAUAUUAAAUUCUCUCGAAAAAAAACCCCAACUCUCAAAUUAGUGCAAUAUUUUGUAAAAAUUGUAAAAAAAAUUUUUUCCGCUAAUUAAUUUAUUUUAUUGUAAUUAAAACUUUAUUAUUGUGAUAUUAUUGUAAAAAAAAGAAAAAAAAAAUACUUAAAAAAAUUUAAAAGUUUCCUAAAUAUUGUAUAUAAAAAUUAUUAUAAUUAAAAAAAAAUCUCUUGUAAAUGUUUCUCAAUUUCUUAAAAUACUUAUUUAUUAACCCUUUAAGAGCAUCUGAUAA